AUUUGAUAAGGAGAAUUGUUUCUUCCCCUGGGAGGUUCAACCACUACCUACCUUUUCUCCUUGGCCAACAAACGAUGUUAAAUGAAACAAUUAAUUCAUUCAUCUUCGAUCUGUUAUAGUCUGUACCCAUUUCUUCUUUCUAAUAAAUUUUCAAGGGAUCAAUCUCACCCACACGCUUUCAUCAACUCGUUCAGAACAUUUGGUGAGCGUGAAGGAGGAGUUUCUGCUAGUGUAAUCAUCAAUACAAUCCUUUUCUUCUUUAGUAUCGUACAUUUGCAUACGAUCCAUCGUCAACAGUUGAUGGAGAGAGCUGAUUACAGUUCUGAAACUGCAUCAUCUAUGUUUUUAUAGCUUCUCAUUCUUUUAGUUAACUAAUACAUAUAUAUUCUUCUUUUGUCUAUUCGGAAUCACCAAAUCAAAAUGGGUGUAAUGAGCAAGACCGGAAUGGUUUUAAAGUUGACAGGCAGAGCUAUACAUGAGGCCGUUAGCUUCAUUGUCUUCUCUUUUCUUGAUCUUGUUGAUUUUAUUCUAUGUUUCUCGUACAAAGUCGCAGAUUUCUUGAUUGAAGCAGAAUGGAAACCCUGUUAUUGCACUUCUGCUAAAGAAGCUAUUACUAGCAGCGGUAAGAUCUUGGUCUCUGAAAAAGGCGAGUCCAAGAUUGUUUGUCUCAGUUCUACCAAGUUAGAACUAGAUGAUAUCUCAGAUACUCUCUACUCUCGCCCUUCUCUACUUUCCGAAGUUUCUAAACUGACCGUUAAUGAGCUCAAACGAUUCAAGGUUGACAAGAUGAAGAAUGGAACGGUUAGAUCCACGUUCACCGUUAACUCCACCAUUGUUGAAAUGCUUCAAGGAAAGAUCGGAGGCAACCACUCUCAUCCCAUCCCGAGAUGGUCUGAUUGUGAUUGUAAACUAUGCAAUGGAUGGUCCACCUCUACUAAAGAAACUCUUUUUCUCAAAGCUCAAGGCCCUAAAGAUGAGGCAAAAGAAGAUGUCGUCUUCAUCCAUGGAUUUAUUUCAUCUUCAGCAUUUUGGACAGAAACUGUAUUUCCAAAUUUUUCAGAUGCUGCUAAAUCGAGUUACCGAUUUUUUGCUGUGGAUUUGUUGGGGUUCGGUCGGAGUCCUAAGCCAACAGACUCCCUUUACACCCUUAGAGAACAUGUAGACAUGAUUGAAAGAUCUGUUAUUGAACCUUACAAAGUUAAGUCUUUCCACAUUGUGGCUCAUUCUUUAGGCUGCAUUUUGGCCCUUGCACUUGCAGUAAAACACCCCGGAUCCGUCAAGUCACUUACUCUCCUUGCACCUCCAUAUUUUCCGGUGCCAAAGGGGGUACAGGCGACACAGUAUGUGAUGAGAAAAUUAGGUCCACGGCGCGUGUGGCCACCGAUUGCAUUUGGCGCGUCCAUGGCUUGUUGGUAUGAACACAUAUCACGGACGAUUUGUCUGGUUAUAUGCAAGAACCAUAGGUUAUGGGAAUUUCUUGUCAAACUCGUUACAAGAAAUAGGUUCAGAACGUUCUUGUGUGAAGGUUUCUUUUGCCAUACUCACAACGCAGCUUGGCAUACUCUACACAACAUCAUUUGUGGCACGGCCAGCAAGCUCGACGAUUACCUUGACAUCCUCCGGGACAGCCUGAAGUGCGACGUCAAUAUCUUUCAUGGCAGAAAUGACGAGCUUAUUCCGGUUGAAUGUAGCUACAAUGUCCAAGAAAGAGUUCCUCGUGCUCGUGUUAAAGUUAUAGAGAAGAAAGAUCAUAUCACCAUUGUUGUUGGUAGACAAAAGGCCUUUGCAAGGGAAUUGGAGGAAAUUUGGAGCAGAACAAGUGGUUAAUUUACAACUUUUUCUUGCUUAUUUAUUAAGUAAUCACCAUAUACAUACAUACAUACAUAUAUAUCCUACCAAAGUGGAUAGGUUUAAUCUCCUUCUUCUUCCAGUGUGAAAUCUCAACUUAGCAAAUGUUAUUAAAAUAUUUACUCCCCAUAAAUUACUGAGGUAUGACAUGCUUCUUUGUUAUAAAAAUUUGUGAAUUUGAUAAGAGAUGAAAAGCAAAUUAUUGCUAGAUUUAUUAAAUAUCUAGCAUUUGCCACAUACUAUCGA